AUGGCCACCUCCCGGUUUUCCGCGCUCUGCUUCGGGUGCUCCGUCCUCUUGCUCAUGGGCGCCUGCGAGGAAUCCGCCGAGAUCCGGGGUGCGGCGGGCCAAGCCGGGGCCGCGGAAAGCCAGGAGGCGCAAGAGAUGAUCGGAGCUCUGCAUGACAUCUUGGAGAAACUGAGGAACAGCCGGCUGCCGUCCAUGCAGAAGAAGUUUGGCUGGGUCCCGUCGUGCGACGCCGGGGAGCCGUGCGCGGUGCGGAAAGGGGCCCGCAUUGGCAAGCUGUGUGACUGCCCGCGCGGGACAACCUGCAACCUUUACAUCCUCAAGUGCUUGUGA